AGUGAGGGUAGCACCGGGUUCGCUGUGAGCCAUGUUGGAUGUGAACGAGAGAUGCUGCGCUCGUGCCGAUGCUAGCCGGAGCUCUACCAAACACCGAGAGUAGAUGCGAGCUUCCCGGGAUCACCGAGCGACCGGGGAGCACGGCGGAAGGAGUCGGGCGGUGGUAGAUGAGCUGGCCACUUGACCGGCGUUUGGAGAGAGAAAGAGAGACUUCUGUUCUGAGAGAGGCCGAGAGACUGAAAGGGAGAGGGGAGAACGGGGGAGAAAGAAAGGAUUUCACCAGACUAAUGGCUGCACUGCUGCUGGACUUGGGCUCGCUUUCGCCGCUGCUCUUACACCUGCUCCUCGGCUCUUUGUUCACCGUUAUCACGGGGAGUGCAGCGGGACCGUGCUGCCGCUCCCUGCGCUCCCACCCAGCCCCCGGAGACACUCAAAGCGAAAGACUACCCGACGGAACGCUAACGGGGGCUCUGGCUUGGGGCAAUUGGAAGAUCCACCCUACACAGACGAUACAGGGACGGCGAAUAAAAUGCGUAAUGUACGAACAAUGCUUACGGUCCAGUUCAGUGGCAAUCCCGUCAUAUCCGUGGUGUCCGGAUUACCGGAAUUCUACAAUAUGUGUAUCAGAACCGGCGCCACACACCGGACGCUGUCAUCACCAGCCAGCGUGGAGUGGCGGCGGAGAGAAGGGCGUUGUUUCCCCUGUUCUCGACUCUCCAGUUCAGUAUGGCAAAAAGAGAACUAUACAAAGGACUAGAGCGUACUCGCGGAUACAGACACAUCUAAACAUCACCACGGACAGGGUCGUUACACAAAGCGAGCACCUGGAACUGGUUUGCGCGUUGUUUCGCACGCAGUUGGAUAAAAGUAAAACAGUGGAUGGGAAAUGUAGGCCUAAUCACUGCCCAUGUCACUCAAAACAGGAGUUUACCGCUGCCAGGAGACCAGCUCGUGCGUUAUCAAAAUAUUAUUCUCAUUCUAAUGUGGCUUGCGGUGUUUCGGACGCCAAUAAAUUGGACAAAGCGACAACGGACCUUCCCCUUUCAGGGCCCCUGAAUGAUAUCGAUCUCAGCACAGAGGGCUGGAAUGGGUCUUUCAAAACAGGCUUUGGGAAUACUCGGGGGUGCUCGGAACCAUGCGCGCAGCACCUCUCUCCAAGCGAAGCAAGCAGCUGUCUCGAGUCACACCGGAUCACGGAAUCUGCUGUGGUGUGCACAGGUUGUUCUGAAAGGCAUCCAGCCUGGCACAGCACUGACUGGCACCGGUUCAACAUCUCUCUGAAGCGCCCGGUAGGCAUGUGCCGUGCUGUUUGUGGAAGACAGACAAGAGAAAAGACAAAGAUUACAUUCUCAUAUUACAACUUAAUAUUGCAAUCUGUAAAUUCCACGGCGCACGCAAACGACCUGAGAGGUUUAGAGUGUGAAAAGUCUGAAAUGCGUUGUUCACCCAAGUCACUCAAACGGACUGCUGUAUUAGGCAAAACAGCUGAGGAUUUAAUGCCACAGACUGACUGGCUCGACGGAAUCUCUCCUGUUGCAACAUCCUCCGAGACGCGCUCUAAUGACAAAAACGCUCAUUAUCAUAGAUCAUCAGAAAUGAGCGCGCAUUGCAUAGACGCGAAUUUCUGUGAAGAGCGCAACUCUGACUCAUCUGCUACUGAUACUGCCCGGGGUCAUACUCCAUCACACAUCUACCUCUUAGUUGAACUCAACUUUACUAAACGAUCUGGUGACUCACACUCUUUCACUGGAGGUUGCGCGAGAAAAGUUUCAGCACCAGCCGCUCAGUGGACAGCUCCAAGUGCAAACUCGAUGAACUUUACUGAAACUUUGUUUCUGUGGAAUUUCAAUAGUAACAACAACAACUGCGCGAAAAAACAACAUAACACCAACAGCAGCAGUCUUGAUGGUCAAAAUAGAAAUGUAGCACAAAAUGAUUCUGCCAGUGAAGAGAACGACUUUACACGAAAGGAAAGCUCACAUUAUCCGUGCUCUAGUACUCAGCGGGACUCCGCCUCGGUGGAAAAUCUCCGUGCUGAGGGUGAUGACUACAGCGCCCACGAGAGUUUAAGCGCCGAUGGGGGAGCCGCGCGACCGCAAUUAAAAUCCGGUAAACGGGUGUCAUUACAAGCUGAGGGUGUCAGUCAGGCAAAAGAGCAGCUGGAAGCCGAUCCUGAGUGCGGUAGGAGGGCGGGACAGAGAGAGGGCGGAGUAAAAGGGGAGGAAAGGGGGGAGGGUGACAGAAAGCGUGCACAGAGAGAAAGGGAAGAAAGCAUGGAGUGGGUGAUUGCAGAGGACACAAAGGAAGAUUCAGUUAAUGAAAACACAAAUUUACCUGAUAUAAAAGAAAAGGAUGAAAAUAAAAACACUUCUCAUUUAGAGAAUGAAGAAAAUAAAGAAUGGCAUAAAUAUGAGGGAAUAUGGAUAAAUCAGCAUAACAAAAAUGAGGGAGAGAGUGAUGAAGCGCAGACAGGAGACAGACAGGAAUUUGAUGAAGAGCAGGCAGGUGUCCCUCCUGUUGGGCGCUCCCGUAGAGCUGCUAAUCGACAUCCCCAUUUCCCCCAGUAUAACUAUCAGGUUCAGGUUGCUGAGAACCAGCCUCAUGGUACCUCAGUCAUAGCUAUGACAGCUGAUGAUCCCGAUGCUGGUGAGGCAGGCAGACUCAGUUACAGCAUGGCCCCUUUAAUGAACAGCAGAUCCAUGGACUACUUCCAAAUUGACCCAAUUACUGGCCUUCUCACCACCACACAGAUUCUGGAUAGAGAGUACAUGGACCUGCAUUAUUUCAGAGUCACUGCCACAGACCACGGCUCACCACGUCUUUCUGCAACAACUAUGGUGACCAUCAAUGUGGCUGAUCGUAAUGAUCACUCUCCUGUGUUUGAGCAAACAGAAUACCGUGAGACGAUUCGAGAGAACGUGGAGGAGGGAUAUCCUAUCUUACAACUGCGUGCAACUGAUCUCGACUCGCCAGCAAACGCAAACAUACGUUACAGGUUUGUUGGAGAAAGUGCGGCUGUUGCACGUUCCGCGUUUGAGAUUGACCCACGGUCGGGUUUGAUCACAACACGUGGCAUUGUUGACAGAGAAGCAAAUGAGCGUUACACAUUGCUGGUGGAAGCGAGCGACCAAGGGAGAGAGCCAGGGCCACGGUCGGCUACCGUUAGUGUUCAUAUCACUGUCUUGGAUGAGAAUGACAAUGUGCCACAAUUCAGUCAAAAACGUUAUGUGGUUGCUGUCAGAGAGGAUGUUCGGCCACAUUCUGAAAUUCUUCGGGUUACUGCUUCGGAUUUGGAUAAAGAUGUGAAUGCUGCUGUGCAUUAUAACAUCAUUAGUGGAAACAGCCGAGGACAGUUUGCUAUUGACAGUGUUACUGGAGAGAUCCAGGUGGUGGCACCGCUGGACUUUGAGACAGAACGUGAAUACACGCUACGUCUGCGGGCACAAGACAAUGGCCGCCCGCCACUGUCCAACAACACUGGAAUUGUAAGCGUGCAGGUCACAGAUGUCAACGAUAACCCACCAAUCUUUGUAUCCACACCUUUUCAGGUGACAGUGCUGGAGAGCGCUCCUAUUGGUCACUCCAUUCUCCACAUACAAGCUAUUGACACAGAUAAUGGUGACAACGCACGUCUAGAAUACCGUUUAACAGGAACUGGCUCAGAUACACCGUUUGUUAUUAACGCUGCCACUGGUUGGGUCACAGUGCGCUCAGAGCUCGACCGUGAAUCAGUAGAGCACUAUUACUUCGGCGUUGAGGCACGGGAUUAUGGUGCCCCGCCCCUUUCCGCCACAGCUAGCAUUACGAUCACAGUAAUGGAUGUUAAUGAUAAUAGGCCUGAAUUUCUACAAAAAGAGUAUUACGUCAGGCUAAACGAAGAUGCAGCUGUUGGCACAAGCGUAGUCAUCGUGACCGCUGUUGACCGUGAUGUAAAUAGCGCAGUCACGUAUCAGAUCACUGGCGGAAACACGCGUAAUCGGUUUGCCAUUAGCACAGCCGGCGGAGCUGGCCUUGUGUCUCUUGCUCUGCCUUUGGACUACAAACAAGAGCGUCGCUAUGUGCUAACAGUCACUGCUUCUGACAGAACGCUGCACGACACCUGUCAGGUACACGUCAACAUCACAGAUGCCAACACACACCGUCCUGUUUUUCAGAGCGCUCAUUAUUCAGUAAGUGUAAAUGAGGACCGGCCUCCCGGCAGCACUGUGGUGGUAAUAAGUGCUACGGAUGAAGACGUUGGAGAAAACGCACGCAUCACUUAUUACUUGGAGGACAACAUUCCACAGUUCCGUAUCGAUCCUGCGACUGGAGCGAUUACACUCCAUGCUGAACUGGACUAUGAAGACCAGAUGACCUACACGCUUGCCAUCACUGCUCGUGACAAUGGGAUUCCACAAAAAUCCGACACUACAUAUGUUGAAGUCAAUGUUAAUGACGUGAAUGACAAUGCACCUCAGUUCCUGAGUCCCAGGUAUCAGGGCGGGGUCAGUGAAGAUGCCCCACCCUUCACUAGCGUUCUACAGAUUUCCGCUACGGACCGUGAUGCUCACGCCAAUGGUCGUGUUCAGUACACAUUCCAGAACGGAGAGGACGGGGAUGGCGAUUUCACCAUCGAACCGACGUCUGGAAUAGUCCGAACUGUCAGGAGACUUGACCGUGAAAGCGUGCCAUUUUACGAGCUGACUGCAUACGCUGUAGAUCGCGGCAUUCCACCCCAACGAACACCUGUACACAUUCAAGUCAGCGUCAUGGAUGUCAAUGACAAUGCCCCAGUGUUCCCUGCAGAUGAUUUUGAGGUUCUAGUAAAAGAGAACAGUGCCGUUGGUUCCGUCGUUGCUCAAAUAACGGCGACGGAUCCAGACGAGGGCCCUAAUGCUCAGAUCAUGUAUCAGAUUGUGGAGGGCAACAUUCCAGAAAUCUUCCAGAUGGACAUUUUUUCAGGGGAGCUUACGUCUUUAAUUGACCUCGACUAUGAGACACGCAAUGAGUAUGUGAUCGUCGUCCAGGCCACGUCAGCACCGCUGGUGAGUCGAGCCACGGUGCGGAUCCGACUCGUCGACCAGAAUGAUAAUGGGCCCCAAAUGCAAGAUUUUCAAAUCAUCUUCAACAACUUUGUCUCAAAUCGGUCCAACACCUUCCCAAGUGGUGUUAUUGGACGGGUUCCAGCCCAUGACCCAGAUGUUUCGGACCGUCUCUACUACACUAUCGACAGAGGAAAUGAGCUGCACCUGCUGCUGCUAAACCACACGAGCGGAGAGAUCCGCCUCAGCCGAAAACUGGACAACAACCGACCGCUGGUGGCCCCCAUGCUCGUCACGGUUACUGAUGGCAUUCACAGCAUCAGCGCUCAGUGCGUCUUGCGGGUUCUCAUCAUCACGGAGGAGAUGCUCAGCAGCAGCGUUACUGUGCGAUUGCAAAACAUGUCCCAGGAGCACUUCCUGUCCCCGCUGCUCACUCACUUUCUGGAAGGAGUGUCAGUGGUGCUGUCAGUAUCUCCCGAUGAUGUGUUUGUGUUUAACGUGCAGCCGGAUGCGGAAGCAGGGCGGGUGCUCAACGUGAGCUUCUCUGCAGCGCUGCCAGGAGGUCAGUUCUUCCCAUCUGAGGCUUUGGAGGAACAGCUGUAUCUCAACAGACCCAGACUCAAUGCCCUUGCACAUAUGGAGGUUCUCCCAUUCGACGAUAACGUGUGCCUCCGCGAGCCGUGUCAAAACUACAUGAAGUGCAUUAGCGUUCUCCGCUUCAACAGCUCCGCCCCCUUUAUCACAUCCCCAUCCACACUCUUCCGGCCCAUCCAUCCAAUCACAGGCCUGCGCUGCCGCUGUCCAGCUGGAUUUACUGGAGAUUACUGUGAAAUUGAGAUUAACCUGUGUUACUCGAAUCCCUGCAUGAAUGGAGGAGUCUGCGCUCGCAGGGAGGGAGGCUAUACGUGCAUCUGCCAAGAGGAUUACACAGGCGAGCAUUGUGAGUUCGACCGACGUGCUGGACGGUGCGGGGAAGGCGUCUGUCACAAUGGCGGUACGUGCCGGGAGCUCUCCGGAGGUGGGUUCAGGUGCGAUUGUCCUGCAGGAGGUUAUGAGAAUCCCUACUGCUCCGUGACCACUAGAUCCUUCCCGCCAAAAUCAUUCAUCAUGUUCAGAGGCCUUCGCCAGCGAUUCCACCUCUCUGUUUCUCUCUCGUUUGCCACAUUGGAAACUAAUGGUCUGCUGUUCUACAAUGGUCGGUUUAAUGAGAAACAUGACUUCCUUGCACUUGAGAUACUAGAUGGUCAAGUGGUUCUUAAAUACUCCACAGGUGAGUCAUCUACUCAGGUGAGUCCAUACCUGCCCGGUGGAGUGAGCGAUGGCAACUGGCACUCCGUUCACAUCCAUUACUACAAUAAGCCCAAGCGUAGUGUGAGUGGCGAGGUUCAGGGUCCAUCUGAUGAGAAGGUAGCAGUCAUGAGUGUGGACGACUGCGAUACAGCCGUUUCUCUGAGAUUUGCGAGUCAGCUGGGGAACUACAGCUGCGCCGCUCAAGGGAGGCAAACCAGCAGCAAGAAGUCUUUGGAUCUGACAGGUCCGCUGUUUUUGGGUGGAGUUCCGAACCUGCCAGAGAAUUUUCCAUUUAGUACAAGAGAAUUUAUUGGCUGCAUGAAGGACCUACACAUUGAUAACAGACCCGUGGACAUGGCAGGAUUCAUUGCUAAUAAUGGCACUUUACCAGGCUGCAGUGCCAAACUGCCUUUCUGUAAAUCGAACCCGUGCCAAAAUGGAGGCACGUGUCGGGUGAGUUGGGAGACCUUCUCCUGUGACUGCCCCGUUGGGUUUGGAGGGAAGGACUGCAGUCUAGUGAUGUCCCACCCCCACCGUUUCCUUGGUUACAGCGCACUGUGGUGGGACCUAAAGAACGAUGUCACCAUCAACACACCGUGGUACAUGGGGCUUGUGUUCCGCACCAGGUCGAAAGAAGGAGUUCUUCUGCAGGCUCAAGCUGGACAAAACACUAACUUAAUCUUUCAGGUGGUGUCCGGUCAACUGGUGUUUUCUGUGGCUCGAGGGCCGACUCGGCCAGUAAGGUUGAGGCUGGAUCAGGUUCAGGUGUGUGACGGUCGCUGGCACGACCUACAGCUGGAGCUCCGUGACGUCAGGAGCGGGCGAGAGACUCGAUACGUUGCUACUGUCAGACUGGACUUUGGACUGUAUCAGGGGACAGUAAUUGUUGGGAAUGAGAUUAAUGGUGUGAAGGUAAAGCACCUGCACGUAGGCGGAGUGUUUGGCUCAGGAGAGGUGCAGAAUGGGAUACGUGGCUGUAUUCAGGGAGUGCGUCUGGGUGUCCGUCCCGAUUCCCCUGCAUUGCCCCGCCCUUCCAAAACCAUCAAGGUGGAGAUUGGCUGUAAUGUUGACAACUCAUGUAACUCCUCCCCUUGCCCCGCCCACAGCCAUUGCACUGACGAAUGGGACCGGCACACCUGUGUUUGUGGACCAGGAUUCUAUGGUAAGAGCUGUGUGGAUGCAUGUAAACUGAACCCAUGUGAAAAUCAAGCGAAGUGUCACAGGAAGCCCAGCUCAUCUCACGGAUACAUCUGUGACUGUGAGGACAGUCACUACGGACAGUACUGCCAACACAGGGUUGAACAGCAGUGCCCUCAUGGUUGGUGGGGGACCCCAACAUGUGGACCCUGCCACUGUGAUGCCAGUAAAGGCUUUGACACAGACUGCAAUAAGACUACUGGACAUUGUCACUGCAAGGAGUUUCAUUACCGACGGCGGGGCAGCGACAUCUGUCUGCCAUGUGACUGCUACCCAGUGGGUUCAUUCUCAAGGUCAUGUGACCCUGAGAGCGGCCAGUGCCAGUGCAGACCCGGCGUGAUUGGCCAACAGUGCAACAUGUGUGACAACCCGUUUGCUGAAGUCACACAAACAGGCUGUGAAGUGAUCUAUGAUGGUUGUCCUAAGACCAUAACAUCAGGAAUCUGGUGGCCCAGAACGAAGUUCAAUCUGCCUACAGCUGUUCCGUGUCCUAAAGGAUCAGUGGGAACUGCAAUUCGUCACUGUGAUGGAGAUAGAGGCUGGCUGGAUCCUGAUCUGUACAACUGCACCUCUCCUCCGUUUGUGGAGCUGAACACUGCUCUGGAGGCACUGGAGAGAAACGAGACAGAGCUCAGCACCAUCAUCGAGAAAAAACUGGCCCAUCAGCUUCGGGAUGUCACAGAGGUAACAACCCGUCUCUAUGGCAACGACCUUCAGAUCGCCGAGCGCCUGUUGUCCCGCCUCCUGACCUUUGAGAGCCUCCAGUCAGGCUUCGGUUUGACAGCCACUCAGGAUGCACAUUUCAACGAGAAUGUGUUACAGGGUUCUAGUGUUUUGUUGGGUCCUGGCUGCGCCACGUUGUGGAGGGCUCAAAGUUCCGGUCAGAGCGGAGCGUCGGGAUUGGCUGAUCUGUUGGAGCAGUACGCCCGUACGCUUGCCCAGAACAUGAAACAUACCUACCUCAAUCCCGUGGCACUCGUUGCUCCAAAUAUCGUCAUGACUCUGGAUCGCGUUGACAACCAUACUCAUGUGCGGCGACGGUUUCCACGUUAUCACAGCACUCUGUUUCGAGGUCAAGCGCUUUGGGAUGCUCACACGCAUGUUGUGCUGCCCCCUACUGCAUUAGUGCCACAACGCAACCUUUUUUCAGCUCCGUCUCCAGCCAGCCCUGUAAACCUGUUGGCCAAUCAGACGGUCGAAGCGACAGCAGCACGACGUUCAAUGGCAUUACAAGAGGCCCCUGUCACCAUCGUCAUCAUGCUUAUCUAUCGAAGCCUGGGAGCUGCACUCCCCCCAAAAUAUCACACAGACCGCCGUGGCGUCAGGUUACCUAGACACCCCGUGUUGAACUCCCCGGUAGUGAGUGUGUCUGUAUAUAACAAUCAGACGUUUGUGGAGGGCUUUCUGGACACACCAAUACUGCUGGAGUUUCGUCUUCUGGAAACUAGCAAUCGCAGUAAACCGCUGUGUGUACAGUGGAAUCACAGCAGCCCUGUAUCAGUGGGAGGCUGCUGGACUGUGAGAGACUGCAGCGUGGUCUAUAGAAACACAUCACAUGUCCGUUGCCAGUGUCACAGACUGGGAACCUUUGGAGUGCUUAUGGAUAGUUCACAAAGAGAGCAGUUGGAGGGUGACCUGGAGACACUCGCCAUAGUAACGUACUCCUCACUCUCAGUUUCCAUGGCGGCGUUGUUGCUAACGGUGGUGGUUUUGUCAUGUCUGAGAGGAUUGAAAUCGAACACACGCAGUAUUCACUCCAACAUGGCCGCUGCUACUCUACUGUCACACCUCACAUACCUGCUGGGCAUCAACCAGACGGAACAACAGUUCCUGUGCACGGUGGUUGCCAUCCUCCUCCAUUAUUUCUUCAUGUCGGCUUUUGCAUGGCUGUUUGUGGAGGCUCUGCAUAUUUACCGCAUGCAGACAGAAGUAAGAAACAUCAACUACGGUGCCAUGAGAUUCUACUAUGCUAUUGGCUGGGGAGUUCCCGCUAUCAUUACAGGCUUGGCGGUGGGGUUGGAUCCUGAGGGAUACGGAAACCCAGAUUUCUGUUGGAUCUCAAUGUAUGAUAAGCUCAUGUGGAGCUUUGCGGGACCAGUUAGCGUCGUCAUACUGUUGAAUGGUGGAAUGUUUUUAACGGUCCUGCGUAUGACAUGUAACCCCACUCAGAAGGAGAUUAAGAAGCUGCCCGUGAUUUCUACUAUCCGCAGUGCCUUCCUCUUGUUGUUGUUGAGUACAUGCGUUUGGUUAUUUGGUCUGAUGGCUGUUAACAACAGUGUCCUGGCAUUCCACUAUAUGUUCAUUGUCCUCUGUUGUGUACAAGGUUUGGCCGUGUUUUUGGUGUUCACACUGCUGAACUCAGAGGUGCAGGAGGCUUGGAAACUGGCCUGCCUGGGCAAGAAAAGCCCCAGUGAGGAACCUGCAAGACCCCCACAGAUUACGGGCCAAAACCCAUACAACAGCGCCUCCCUGCUGGAGCAGAGUGGAUUACACCGUAUCACACUCGGAACUUCAACCAUCUCAUCGGUCAGCAGUGCAAGGGAGAAUCUCUUGGCCCGGCAGGCUCUAGAACACACUCUAGCACACACAGGGGCCACUGAUCUGGAUGUGGCUAUGUUCCACCGCAACGGAGGUGAGGAUUCAGACUCUGAUUCUGAUCUCUCAUUGGAGGAGGAGAGAAGUCUGUCCAUCCCGUCUUCUGAGAGCGAGGACAACGUUCGCCUGCGUGGACGCAUCCAUCGGCGCUUCAAGCGUACCGCUCACCGUGAGCGUUUGCUCACAGAACCAGCGCACAAUGGUGGAAAAGAGCUGGAUGGCAAUGAUCUGCUCACCUAUUGGCCAGCGCUGGAGGGCUGUGAGGCUCACUCGCUACAGAAAUGGGGCUCGGAGCGCCGCCUGGGGGGAGACUACAGCAAGGAUGCAGCUAAUAAUAACCAGCAGGAAGCAGCGCUGACCAGUGGGGAUGAAAACGGGCUUACACACAGACACCGCAAGGGAAUCCUAAAGAAUCGUCUGGGAUGCCCACCUGCUCUGCAAGGUCUCUCUGCCGUGGGUCGUGCUCCCAGCGAGAUGUCUUGGUACAGGACCUCCACGUUGGGUCACCGGGGCGUCCCGGCCGCCUCCUACGGCCGCAUGUAUUCCGGCACCGGCUCCCUUUCCCAACCCACUUCCCGAUACUCGUCUCGCGAACACCUGGAUUCGCUUGCCAGACGCCAGCGCUCUCGUGAAAACCUUGACCUGUUGCCACGACGACGCGAGCUCGGCGCCGAACACCUGGGUGGAUCCAGAGAGAGGCUGGGCCCCGUUCACAGCAUCCAUGGCUCCAGGGAAGAUCUGAUGGCAAGGGGUGGCCUGACAGGUUUAAUGGGGACGGAGGGUUCUUUAAGUGGUUCGAGAACACAGCUCAACACUCUAACAAGGCAACAGGCCUCUAGAGAGCACCUCGGAGGAGCUCUCAUGAGCAGUCGGUCUCGGGAGCAGCUGGAGUCGAAUGGCGGAGCGCAACCGUGCAGGGAGUGGUUGAGAAGCCUGCCGCCUCGACAGCUCUCACACCCCGAGCCACACCCACCCUCUUCACCCCCUCCACCAAUCACAGAGGAGCCCCAAGAAACCCUGCCCUCUCGUCGUGGGCGCAUAGACUCCGCCCCCCCAUGUAGGUACCCUUCAUCCGCAGCUGCACCAGGAGCUCCAUCUAGUCGCCCACCUUCUAGCGAACAUCUGGAUAUCCUUUCCUCUAUACUUGCCUCUUUCAGCUCCUCUGUUUUAACCCCGCCUCCUAACCUAGUCUCAGCAGGCCCCUCCCCUUCCCCGCCUCCUCUCUCUGUAACCUCUCAGAGCAUCUCUGGAGUGUCACCUGACUCUGAAGUUAACAGAAGUGAUGGACAAUCUUGAUGAUGCCCUCACAGCCCCACAAUGCAUUUCUGCUGAUGGGCUGAAGAGGAUCAAAAUCAGCCAACUUGAGCGUUCGGGACUCCUUGCUUCACUCUGGGAAAACUUAAGACUUGAGAGUGAAGUUGUUCAUCAAGGGCUUGAGAUAUCACCCUGAAAAUCCAAAAUACAAAGGGAAGGUGAUGAUUUCUAUGCUUAUCCUUUAUCCAAACUGCAAACCUCAGAUUUCAGACACUGAGCUGAAAGGACUAGAGAGAAACAAACUGUACAUAAUACCUUUUUAUACUUUUUGUAUCUUUUUCAACAAAGAUCAAAGAAGAAAAAUCUGUAGUGAUGUUUUUGAAGACUGUGUGGAUAUGUGUUUAAGUGGGUAGAAUCCAAAAACAUUUUCAAACCCAUCGCGAGCCAAAACAGUCCUCAACAUCCUCAUUUCAAUCCUUGUACUCCAACUUUGUGUUUAUGCAACAUAAGCCACGCCCACUGACAGACAUGAACAUAAAAGCAUCCAUGGAAAAGGAUUGGUAUAUGUAAAUGAGCUGGCCCUUUGGAUUGGUGGGAAAAUCCAGAGACUGUGAUUGUAAUUAAAAUGAAUUAUGAAACAAAAGAUAUGAUUGGACCGUAAUGAUUGUCAGUCAAGAGAUUAUGUUUUGAGACAUGUGACUUGAUUGAAAAGUUUUUGUGUUAAUCUAAACAUAUUGCUUAAACAAACUCCAAUAUUCGCCUAUAUGAGAUUGAAUAUGUGAGGCAUUUGGUUUAGAAAGUGUAAAAUACAUUCCUCAGUCCUCAGAGGCACACAUUGGAGUUGGUUAUAGCUGUGUGAAGAGACAUUAAUGAAUGGAUAUUUUUUUAAGUAGCCUACAAGCAUAUUCAAAUCUUAUUAGCAUAAUCAAAUUUCAUAACCAGGCUUAUCGCAAAUAUUGCUUGAGGAAAGGCUGCUGAUUCCAGCUAUUCAUGAGAUCCUAUUUAAUCCAUUCUUUUAACAAAGAGAGCAUAUCUAAAUGUCAGUGAAAUUUCUGUGAAGUAUUGAAUAAUCUUGGUGCUUCAGGGGAAGAAACAUGCUGAAAUGCAGUCAAUGAGAUAAGAUCAUCACAGACCAUAUCAGGCUCCUGUUUAAAAGGAAAAUCAUGCUUCAUGUGACUAUUUUAUUCGUCUUUAACAGUAUUAUCAUGAGUUUUUGCCAAAAAAGAGUGCCCUAUGUCAUCCGUUUAUACCUCGUACCUGUGAAAAAGUGCUCCAGGAUUUUUUUAUAUUCAUCUUUUUAUAGUUUAUUUAUUAUUGCAUAACUUUAUCUUGUACAGACAUGAAAUUAAUUUAUUUUAUUUAGUAAUAUUUAUUACGUUCAUUUUUCUUAGUCAUAUUCCUUUCUGGAGUGUUUGAAGUGUGUGUAUGAGCUUUGUUUUUAUAAGAGUGAGGUUUCAUGUGUUCAAAAUGUUUUUUUUUUUUGUGUGAAACUUUUGUACAUGUUUUGUCUGAUAUGCCCCUCCUCUUCUGUUAACAAAAACAGAUGUGCUCAGAGAGAGGGGUGGAACAUGAUUGGUGGGUGAGAAAAAGGAGAAUGUAUAAUUGGUCAACAUGUUUAUUAUCGGACAUGUUGUAUCCUAUUUAUUAGGGGGUUUGAAAAAAAUCUGCUACCAAUGGGAGUUGAGACCAGAGACCUAUUGGUCAUUAAAGGAGUUAAUUGAU